UUCAGAUUCUCACGAUGGUAGUUCACUUCGAAGCGCCGGCACUUUCAGCGCAUGUUGCAACUGCUCUCACACAUUCUUUUGUGAGCCUUCCUGGCCUAUAAAAUUCCCUCCGCAUCUAUUAUACCCUCUGUCACUACUGAGCAUCAUGCAGGCAAGAGUGCUGGCUCGCCUUCGAUCGUUCUCUGCAGUAUUUACAUAUACUCUCGUCAUUCUUUCCAUAUUAAUACAUCUCGAAUGCGCUGAAGCAGGCCAAUAUUUUACAAGCGGCCUGUCAAUUAUAGAUUCCCCCAGUCCCAAUAGUCCAGGGCAUGCUGGCAGCACCCUUCCCAUUUCUAUUGAUGUGUCUGGUGAUGGAAAACUGCCCGAUGAUUCUUUUUUCAGCUUGCUGGAGAUAUAUCUCGUCUCCUCAGAAACAAACAUCAAUUUAACAGUGGUGUCGGGAACAGACUUCCUCACUCAGGAGUCGGGCACUGUUCGACAUGGAAACUUCGUGGUUCCGACUUGUAUUAAAUCAGGGAACUACAACCUGACAUUUUACGAAACUUCGCAAAUCGAGGGAAAGCCUUUCUUCAUCAUCACUCCUGUACCCCUGCAAAUUGAGAACAGCAAUUUGUCUGGUUCCUCUUGUGUCGACAAUCUGAAUACCCUACAAGAUCAGCCCCAGGUGUUUAGUGCACCGGAGGAUCCACCAUUCUUCGCCGGCGAAACAACGGCUACAUCCACCUCUACCUCCCCAUUGGUCACUAUCACCGUAUCAGACGGCGUCAGCUUCACAUUCCCUACGACCAUAACAAUCACGCCCACUCAGGCCGCUACUACAGUGGUAGUUAUCUCCGAGUCUAUAACGACUAUAGUUACGACUGACAGUCAAGGUCUCGUUACAUCGACGUCUACGGAGAGAUGGUCGACAACAGCGGUCAUGCAACCGUCAGAUUUAUCAGGUUUUGUCCCUGUCAAUGACGGGCAUGGAACCUUACCGUUUUGGACCUUGGCAUAUAUUUUUCUGUGUGUUGCCUUGAUCCAGCUGUGGUAGCCUUGCCCGCCCCACAGCUUGUAUAUGCGCCUUCGAUAUAUAUACACAUAUAUAACUGUAUCUCUCGAAUUCUUGCCGACAUGAACCGCCAGGUGCUAAGUACUAUGACGUCACGCGUGUCGUUUAUAUGCUUGUCCAUGUUUUCAUGCAAAAUUCAGAUUCCCCCUUUACAUGGUAUAAGAGGUUGACCCACCGUUUUUACCUCUUUAUACCCAACUACCACUCAGCAGGAUCUGCAUCGUCUAAUACCACAUCAUAACUACCGAACGAUGGGCCCCAAACGAAAAUCUGAUGCUAUCGAACUCGAAGGAUUCCAAUCUGACGCGUCUUCUGUGAAGGAAAAUGACGCGACAUACGAGUCAGUAUCCAAGAAAGGGCGUACUUCCGAAGCCUCGGAGAGAGCAUCAUCUUCGAGCAAGGGAAAGGACAAGGCGAAG